AUGUCGAGAGAAAAUUGGGACAAUGACUAUGAAUAUACCCCUUUGUUAAUUAAAGAACCCAAGGAAACAAAGCAGGCUUUAAAGAUCCCAAACAUAAACCUUUUAAUGGCUAUGUUUGCCGCUUGCAUCGGAGGGACCUUCCAGUAUGGAUAUAACGUCUCUGUUAUCAAUGCACCGACCAAGUAUGUGCAAGAUUUCAUCAACCAAACUUGGAUCGAGCGCUACCAAAUUCACGUUUCGUCUGGAGUUCUCACUUUAAUGUGGUCAACUAUUGUGUCUGUGUUUACCCUUGGAGGGCUAAUAGGAGUGUCAGUUGGGGGAACGCUGUCUAUAAAGCUGGGAAGGAAAGGGACAUUGUUGGUCAAUAAUGUUCUUGCCAUGUUGGCUGCCAUGACGAUGGGUCUGAGUUACCCAACAGGACUAUAUGAACUACUCAUCAUCGGACGUCUUCUCAUCGGAUUAAAUGCAGGAAUUGGCCUUUGUGUUCAACCUUUGUACUUAGUGGAGAUUGCUCCAACAUCUAUUCGUGGCUUCAUGGGAAUGGGAACCUCUUUUUUUGUGACGGGCGGGAUCCUUACUGGACAAGUCAUGGGCCUCAACGAACUGCUGGGUAGAGAAGAGUACUGGCCCAUCCUGCUUUCCACUACAUGCAUCCCAGCAGUGCUGCAGCUCAUAUUUCUACCCUGGUUCCCAGAGAGUCCACGCUUCCUGCUCAUUGACAGAGGAGAUUAUGAAGGAUGCAGAAAAGCACUUAGGCAGCUCCACAGUGCAGCUGAUUUUGAUGGUGAAAUGGAGGACAUGGAGAAGGAAAAGAACAACCUGGACAAGGAAGGACUCAAGGCUAAGAAGCCAUGGGAGCUGUUUGCAGACCGAAGCAUACGUUGGCAGCUUCUUACUAUUGUGCUUCUCAAUUCAGCCCAGCAGCUGAACGGAAUCAACGCUAUUUACUUCUAUGCAGAUUAUGUGUUUGCACAAGCAGGAAUUCCCAAUGAAAAAAUACCAUAUGCAACAGUUGGCACUGGUGCCUGUGAAUGCAUCACUGCUUUGACCUGUGGUUUGCUCAUUGAGCAGCUGGGACGCAAAGUGCUGAUUACCGGAGGAUACACGCUCAUGACUAUCUGCUGCAUUUUGUUCACUCUGACCAUUACGUUUCAGGAUGUCAGUCCAUUGUUUCCAUACCUCAGCAUGGCAUGUGUUUUUGCUUUUAUUCUGAGUUUUGGAUUAGGGCCAGGUGGCGUGACUAAUAUUUUGACCAUGGAGCUGUUUACGCAAAAUGCGCGGCCUGCAGCUUACAUGAUUGCAGGUUCCAUGAAUUGGAUUAGCUUCUUCUUCAUCGGCAUGGUUUUCCCUUUUAUUGUGAUUGGAUUGGGGCAGUACUGUUUCCUGGUGUUCAUGGCCAUCUGCACCCUGGUGGCACUUUAUAUAUUCUUUAUCAUUCCUGAAACCAAGAACAAAACUUUCCUGGAAAUCCAGAAUGAGUUUAAAUCUGGGAAAAAAAAGAUGAAGAUGGCCCAUGGCACAGAUGGCUCUGGUAUGACGCUGUUGGCAACCUCAAUGUGA